CUAUUACUAGACAAAUUGCGAAUCUGGAGAGGGACCUAACGGCUGUUCCACCAGUAUCGCGAACGGGGUUAAGAGUCCUUGCAGAUCGAUUGAAGUCAACAUUGGAUGAACUGUCAUCAUUGAUGACCACUUUCCUCGGCAACGUGAGAGAAGAAGAGGAACGUGAGGUAAUGGAACAAAAAUUGGAGGAUGAGACCAAUCGGGUCUUAAAAUCGGUGGCAUUGGUUCAGGAACAUGUGGAAGCGAGAGCUGCGGAACCAAGCACGAUCUUUGGAAGUAAAGGACGAAAUCUUCAACAAUAUCGGGAGGAAGAACGUUUACGCCUCCAGGAAACAAGAAAUGCAAACAAUCGGGCGGUUGAGAUUGCCAAGAUUAACUUGGAACGAGCCAUGGAUGAUGAGAGAAGAUCCCAAGCCCAAUUAGAGGAAUUGCAGUUGGGAAGUCGAGUUGGGGAUUUCGACGGAGAAGAGAUGGCCCCAAACGAACCUCAGGCAGAUGGGAGGAUGGGUCGACCCCUGCCAAUCCCAGGACGUUCUAACGUGAUCCCAGACGAUCAUCUUGAACGACAAGGACGAUUUGUCGAUCGUGAAGGUUAUCAACCGCAUUGGGUCGAGGUUUACAGAGUGGAGCAAUAUGUUCCAAGCGCUCGUCCAUAACACGACAAGAAGCACCCCAGAGAAGAUGGGGCUUCUUAAAGCAUCAUUGGGCGAGAAACCACGAGCCUUUAUUGUAGGGUACGAUAAUUCUGACCACGAUUACAUCAAUACAUUGAAAACCAUUCGUCAAGUUUAUGGUGACCAAGACUUGGUAGUGGAUGCCCAUCAAAGAACCCUCGAGAAGUUGAGUG